GGCACAAAGCGCACCUGGCGGAGAAAGAAGCCACGAGCUUAGCUCUGGUACUCGCGACUUUAACAAAGCUUAAACGGAGGUAGUUCUUUAGUCAGUCUCAUAACCAAGAUAAACUGAAAACAUUUGGUACAUUAUGAAGAAGUUCUUCGCAGUCCUCUUCCUAAGUAACUUUAUUGUCUUCGGAUACGCUGCUGUUAUCACUGGGGCUUGUGAAAGAGAUAUACAAUGCGGAGGAGGAAUGUGUUGUGCAGUCAGCCUUUGGAUUAGGAGCUUGCGAAUGUGCACACCAUUAGGCAAGAAAGGAGAUGAGUGUCAUGUUUUGAGUCAUAAGGUUCCAUACUUUGGAAAAAGAAUGCAUCACAGCUGCCCGUGUAUGCCAAAUCUAGCAUGUGUAAGGACAAGAGAUGCCCAAUACAGAUGCUUACCAGAGUUUAAGAGCGAGGAUAUUUUUUUUUAACACAGAGACUUUUAAUAAAUUUUAUUUCAUAUAUUAUGCAUUAACUUACCUGAUAGUGGUGUUUCUAUGUAUAUGGUAUAAAAGAAACUAUUCUGUUGUAAUCAGAACAUUUUUUGCCAGUUUUAUUUGCUCUAUGUAUUUCACUAUGAAUCUGUCUUUGCAGAUUUAUAAAGCAGAAAUAAGAAUGCAAAGGACACUUUUUGAAAUUCAGAUUUAUAAAAAAAUAUAUAUUUUGAUAAUUGCAUGGAAAUACAGUAAUCUGAAUAUUAUUUUCAUAAGGCCACAAUACUAAUAAUAACUGUAUGUAUUUAA